GCGGUUUUAUGGUGUUCGGUGAAAUGUCUGUGAGACCACGACUGCUGUAUGGCUACCUUUACGUGUUUUUAACUGGAGUACACAUAGCCGGAUCAGACGCUCCUCACUUCAAGUCCAAGGGUCAAACCUUCAGAGUUGUGGCUGGAGAAACCCUUGUCUUGCCGUGUGCUGUUGACAAUCUAGGGACGUACGUGUUGCUAUGGCGACGAGACAGCCUGAUCCUGACGGCAGACAAGCUAAAGGUCACCAGAGACGCUAGGUUGUCCUUGGUAGACGGUUACAGCCUGAGGAUCGUCAACGUGACGUCACAAGACGCCGGAGAGUACGUGUGUCAGAUAGCUGAUGAAGUGGCGAGAGACCAGAUACACAACGUACAAGUCCUGUUGCCACCAACUAUACAAAGCUCGGUCCCCAAUGGUCAGCUGACUACCAAGAGAGGAGUAACUAUCACCCUCACAUGCGCAGCAUCUGGCAACCCUAUGCCUUCCAUACUGUGGACUAGGAAGGACCGUCCAUCUCUGUACAAAGAAGGGUUCUCCAUCACGCUAGAGCGGGUAGAGCGCCAUCAUGCAGGAGUCUAUCAGUGUUCUGCCUCCAACGGCGUGGGAGCCCCAGUGUCUGUGGAUCUGAAACUGGAUGUUUUACAUCCUCCAGAAAUCGAGAUAGACAAACCUUGGGUAUAUACUGCCGAGGGCUCGUCAGUAAGGCUGUUUUGUCUAAUUCACGGCUUGCCUUUGCCUAAGGUAACUUGGUACCAAGGCAGCAUCCAACUAACCAUCAAAGGUCGGUUUAAGACUGGUGUCGCCCCUGGUGGCCAUUGGCUAAACAUAGACAACAUCCAAACUGAGGACUUUGCCAACUAUACGUGCACGGCAGAGAACAAUCUCGGCAAGGCAUCUGGCUCAGUCGUAGUACAGGGCAAGCCAGGACGGUGUGUACGACUUAACUCUCCCUACAGUCACACAACACACAGCUAUAACCUCACAUUCAUCGUUGACAGCUUCGCCCCCCUCGAGGAGGUCAGACUGAUAUACAGGAAAAUACUGAUCAACGACUCACUGCACCAGAUGGGUCAGUGGGUCCAGGAGACGUUCCCAGUAGACACGUCCAACGCGACGUCACUGUCUCAUCAGCUGUGGUACGACAUACGGGAGUUGGACGAGUCUUCGGUAUUUCAGGCGCAGUUGCAAGCUUACAACAAGUACGGCUGGGGCGAGCUGUCGGAUAUCUACCAGUUCUAUACGAGAGCUCCUGACGAAGACAUUGUCGAGCACAACAUGGAACUUCUAGCUUCUUUGGCAUCUUCAUAUUUCCUUAGAAACCCCAGCUUACAACUGAGCGUUUUUCUGUUCAUGUUCAUAUUGUCAUAGAAGAACCCAUACAAAACAUUUUAUUGAUAAAUGUAACAAUUGAAUAGAAUCUUUCAGACCUGAACUUUACAGGUGUAAAUGAACAAUAGUUUUUUACCAAUUGUAAAUAAAUGUAUAUAAACCUUUUGUGUAAUUACAACUUCAGGCCAAAGAGCUGUAAUAAUUGUAAAAAAAUGUUGUUUCAUCGAAUAACAAUUUGACCUGAACCAUGUUUUCCAUUUCAUUUAUAAA